CUCUCUCUGUCUGUCUGUGCACUGGAGUUGAGCUGAGCUUCGUGCUGCUUCCCGGGUGCGAAUCGUUCGCACCAUCGCUGCUGCCGCCCCGCAGCAGGAAGCUGCCAUGGAAACGCAAGGUUCCCCGUUAAGAAGUACGGCGACAGUCACCACCAUCUCCUUUACUUUGUCCACGACCUCUUCAUAGAAAGCGACCUCAGCCUCAAUCAUGAUCACGAUUUUGGUUUGUCUCGCGAGUUUGUGCGACUCUCUUCUUUGCUCCUCAUCUUGGAUGAUUGAGGAGAAACUAGCGAAGCAGAAGGAAAUCGAUGACUGGCUUCCCAUCACCGCUUCGAGGAAAGCAAAAUGGUGGUACUCGGCCUUCCACAAUGUCACGGCCAUGGUUGGAGCCGGCGUCCUCAGCCUCCCCUAUGCCAUGUCCGAACUCGGAUGGGGGCCUGGCGUAGCUGUGCUAGUCCUGUCAUGGGUCAUCACCCUGUACACAUUGUGGCAAAUGGUCGAGAUGCAUGAGAUGAUCCCCGGAAGGAGGUUUGAUCGGUACCAUGAGCUCGGGCAAUACGCGUUCGGCGAGAAGCUUGGACUUUACAUCGUGGUACCUCAGCAGCUGGUCGUCGAGGUCGGUGUCAACAUUGUGUACAUGGUCACUGGGGGGAAGUCGCUGCAGAAGUUCCACGACACCGUGUGCUCGAAAUGCAAGAAAUUGAAGACCACCUACUUCAUCAUGAUCUUUGCCUCUGUCCACUUUGUCCUCUCCCAUCUCCCCAACUUCAACUCCAUCUCCGGCGUCUCCCUCACUGCAGCCGUUAUGUCUCUGAGUUACUCCACCAUAGCUUGGGGAGCUUCCGUAGAUAAGGGCGUUCAGCAGAGAGUGAACUACGGUUAUAGGUCAUCGACCACGCCAGGGAAGGUCUUCGACUUCUUCAGCGCCAUGGGCGAUGUGGCUUUCGCCUAUGCAGGGCACAAUGUGGUCCUGGAGAUUCAGGCGACCAUCCCCUCCACUCCUGAGAAGCCGUCCAAGGGCCCGAUGUGGAAAGGAGUCAUUGUCGCCUACAUCGUGGCUCUCUGCUACUUCCCAGUCGCUCUAAUUGCUUACUGGAUGUUUGGGAACUCGGUCGAGGAUGAUAUCCUCAUCUCCCUGAACAAACCGAAGUGGCUCAUUGCAUUGGCAAACAUGUUUGUCGUCAUCCAUGUUAUUGGAAGUUACCAGGUCUACGCGAUGCCGGUGUUUGACAUGAUAGAGACUGUAUUAGUGAAAAAAUUGCACUUCAAGCCAACUGGAACGCUUCGUUUUGUGGCUCGCAAUGUCUACGUGGCAUUCACAAUGUUCGUGGCCAUCACUUUCCCAUUCUUUGGCAGCCUUCUUUCAUUUUUCGGGGGUUUUGCUUUUGCUCCGACGACAUACUUUCUUCCUUGCAUAAUGUGGCUCGCAAUCUACAAGCCGAGGAAGUUUAGCUUAUCGUGGUGGUCAAACUGGGUUUGCAUCAUAUUAGGGCUUUUGUUGAUGAUCUUAUCACCCAUCGGAGGACUCCGACAAAUCAUCAUCAAGGCCAAGACAUACCAAUUCUAUUCUUAGGCUCGCAUGGAAGUGAAUCCGGUUUGUCUGUGAUGCGAUCUGAUUCAAAUUUCGAGUGCUCAUCGAGAAAGAUCAUAACCCAUGGUGGGCAAGACUAAAUGUUCAAGUAGGAAUACGUCUGGUGAUUCUAGUAGGUUAUUUAUGGAGUAUUAAGUGCAUCGUUUGUUUGUGAUGCGUAAUUUGUGGCCUAGGAACUAGGGAAAGAGAACACACACUCACACCUAACUUCUUUAUGCCUCUUUUCUUUCUUUCUUAUGUGCAUAUAUCUUGUCUUGCUGUGUAAAACUUCUUAAGCAUCAAUAAAAGAAGAUUGCGGACUUUAAUUAUCUUUUA